AUGCAUCCCAUUCGAAUUCAUAAAGUUAUCUCUCUGAUGAAUUCAAUGUUUUAUCGCUUUGGAUUUUGGCAUCGCGGUGUUGAACCUACAGUUGAGGAGAUCAGAGUUAAAUUUUUCUACUGCAUUUAUUACUCAUUUUACGUUCUCUCAUUGGUUAUCGGAUCAAUUAAAUGUCAAAAAAUGGGCGAGUCGAUCUACCUAGCAGAUUUAUCAGUGGGAGCUUUUGUUGUGUGCGUAAAAGUUUGGAUUCUAGUUUGGAAGCAGGACGAAAUAAUCAAUUUGUUGGAUCGAGUUUGUGUCUUUUUGAUUCGAAAUUAUGGUGACCACAAUCGUUUCAACGAAAAACAUGAAGGAUUCAUUAAAUUUGUGAUUGUAUUCGUAAUGAUUGUAAUUAUCACUGGUUUAUCGGUUGUAUUUUUAUCAUUUACUGGAAAAGAGAAAAAAUUGUUUUUGGGUAUUGGGUUUCCCUUGGAUUAUAAAAACAGUGACAUUGCAUUCUGGAUCGCAACAAUUUUUAUUUUCAUUGGUGUCCUUUUGUCGAUAGUUGCUAUUUUUUUCACCACAGUAAUUUGGUAUUUGCUUUUCAUGUGCACCCUGAGGUAUGAAGUGCUAGGAAGUGAAUUGAAGAAUAUGGGACGAAUUGACGAAAGUGGAAAUGGAAAAAUGACGGUAAGGCAAAUGCGCAACCAUUUUUUUGAAGACGUAAAGAGGUCAAUCGUUGCUCACCUACACUUAACGGGACUAACAAGCGAUGUGGAGUCUUUCAUCUUAGACCUGUUUCUCAUUCAGUUCGGCACCAGCGGUUUGUGUAUCUGUGGAUCCGUUUAUUGCCUUGCAUUUGACGUCGGUGACAAUCUUCUGGAGCGUGUUUUGCACAUUUUUGUGCUUAUCUACUUCAUUGCCGAGCUAUUUAUGAUCACGUAUUUUGGCAACGAGAUUAUGCUGUCAAGUAAUCGCCUCUCCUACAGUUUAUUUGAAUCUGAAUGGUAUGAUCAGCCACAGUCAACCAAAACGAACAUCUUGAUUUUUGGUGAAUAUUUGAAACAAUCACAAGUGCUGGUGAUUGGCAAAUUGUACCCACUAACUUUGGAGACAUUUACAAGGAUUUUGAACUCAGCUUACAGCAUGUUCAACAUUUUGAAAAGUUUUUAG